AUGAAGAUACUGCGAUUUGCUCUCCGAAGUCAUCAAUUUCUACCUCCAGUGGUACCGUUUCGUUAUCAUGGUUUAAAUAUAGUAAGAAAUAUUCAUAAUUCUAGAUUCAAUAGUAAAGAUCAUUUACAACAAAUAUUCGAUAAUCAAAAGUAUUUCAAUAACUUCACUAAGAACUUGGAUCAUAGUGAUAAAUCAUUACCCUCGUUGUUUACUUCCCAACGUACUGGUUUAUUUAAGAAUGAUAAUUUAUCAACUCCAGAUGGUUUAAUUGAUUUUUCAAAAGCAUCAUUGGCAGAAGCUAAACAACUUGUAACCAAGAUGUUACAAGAAGUGAAACAAAAUGAAUCAGGAAGACUUAAUUAUAUCAAACGAUUGGAUCAAUUAUCUGAUAUUUUAUGUCGAGUGAUUGAUGUAGCUGAAUUCAUCAGAGUUGCUCAUCCAAGUGAAAAAUGGAUCGAUGCAGCUCAACAAACUCAUGAAAUUAUGUUUGAAUAUAUGAAUCAGUUGAAUACCAAUGUCGAUUUGUAUAUUCAUUUAAGAGAUAUUUUAGAAGAUGCUGCCAUCGUUAAGAAAUUAUCUAAUGAAGAGAUUCAAGUGGGAGAUUAUUUAAAACAAGAUUUUGAAAGAUCAGGUAUUCAUAUGGAUCCUAAAACAAGAGAUAAUUUCGUAGCUAUAACUCAAGAGAUAUCCAAAUUAGGAUCACAGUUCAGUAAUGGGAUUCAUCAACUUAAUUCAUAUUGGUGUGAAGUCACUAAAUUAGAAUUUGAAUCGAUAAAAAAUACAGAAUUAAAACGAGAAAUCUCUGGUCAUCAAAGUGGAUUGAAAAAGGAUUCAAAUGUAGUGUUGAUCCCUCUUGCAGGUCAUAUCCCAUAUACCAUCUUAACUGAUUGUGAUACAGAAUCAGUAAGAAGAAAAGUUUGGAUUGCCUUACAUAAUUCUACAUCCACUCAAAUUCAAACAUUAAAUGAAAUUCUUAAAUCUCGUGCAUUAUUAGCAUCAAUGUUAGGGUAUAAAUCAUUUUCUCAUUAUCAAUUAGAACAUAAAAUGGCUAAGAAUCCUGAAAAUGUAUUAACUUUCCUUAAAAAUUUACAAACUUCAUUAAAGCAUAAUGGGGUAAUAGAAGAGAUUAGAAGCUUGUAUAAACAUAAACAAUCAGAUUCAGAAGAUAAGAUCCCCUCUGAUGAAGUAUUAUUAAAAAAUAUCAAACCAUGGGAUCGGGAUUAUUUAUUAGCCAAAUUUCAUAAUGGUAAAGAAAACUCCUUACAGAAUAUAAAUGAAUAUUUUUCAGUCGGUACUAUCAUAGCCGGAUUAAGUACAUUAUUUAAAUCGAUUUAUAAUGUCGAAUUCAUUCCUGAAUCAACUUUAAAAGGUGAAACAUGGGAUCAAAGCCAAGUACGGAAAUUAAAAGUAUUUGAUUUAACUAAUAAUAAAAUCUUAGGAUAUCUUUAUUUAGAUUUUUGGUCCCCUAAAGUUUUACCAUCUCACUUUACAAUCGUAUGUCUGAGAAAAAUAAGUCAAGAUACAGAAGAUACUACUAAGAUCAAGACCUUAGUUCAAUUGGAUGAAAAGGAUGAAUAUCAAUUACCGGUUAUCUCAUUAAUUUGUAAUUUCCAAAGACCAACUUCAUCAUCAUCAUUUGGAAGAUUUGCCGGUAUUGAACGUCAAAAUCCAACGUUAUUAUCAUUAGAUCAAGUUGAUACUAUUUUCCAUGAAAUGGGUCAUGCUAUGCAUUCAAUGAUUGGUAGAACUGAUCUUCAUAAUUUAUCAGGGACAAGAUGUGCCACUGAUUUUGUUGAAUUACCAUCAGUAUUAAUGGAAUCAUUCAGUAAUGAUCCUCGAGUACUUUGUAAAAUCGGUAAUCAUUAUCAAACGGGUGAAUCGUUACCUGAAUCAUUAUUAAAGGAACAUCAACAAAAUAGAGUUAUAUUAGGAGAUUGUGAAACUUAUAUGCAAUCUAAAAUGGCAAUGUUGGAUCAAGUUUUACAUGAUGAUACUAUAGUAAGAACUUUACCUGAUAGUUUUUAUAAUUAUGAUUCUACACCAGUUUAUCACGAUUUAGAACGUCAAUUAUCGGUAUUUACUGAUGAUGCAUCUACAUGGCAUGGGAAAUUUCCUCAUUUAUUUUCAUAUGGAGCAGUUUAUUAUUCAUAUUUAUUGGAUAGAGCUAUAGCAGAAAAGAUUUGGAAGGGGUUAUUUGCUAAAGAUCCCUGGAAUAAGAAUGCAGGUGAGAAAUAUAAGAAUAGUAUAUUGAAGUGGGGAGGGACAAGAGAUCCAUGGGUUUGUUUAGCAGAUGCGUUGGAUGAUGAGGAGUUAAGUAAAGGAGAUUCCAAAGCUAUGGAGAUUAUAGGACUGGAUGCAUUAUCUGCAUAA